GGUAUCACUCCUCAAGGUAUAGAGAUAGCAUCUCCGGGUGCAAGCUCUAGCCCAGCUCCUCCGCGUCAUUGAAUCUGCUGACUAUUGACGAACAAUGUUCCUCUCGAUUGUACCUUCUCAUCUUCCAGCUCGGCUCUUGAAAAAUUUCCAACCCCUACUCGAAUGCUACUAAAUCGAAUGCUUGCCUUCCAAAGAUUAGAGAGCGGGAAGAGAGCACAAAAUUAGGGAAAGCAGUGGAAGCAUUAGCGAGAAGAAGAAAGGAAGAGGAGAGGAGUGGAGAGUAGAGGAGGCUCUUAUGCGGCUCCGUCGAGAGAUCGGGCAUAUUCUUAGUGCGUCGCCAUUUUGAACUGUUGGAGACCGAAGUAUUGGACUUGGAAAUUUUUUUCCUUUGUUUGCAACUUGUGCUCGGAGAUAGAUCUGCCUCCGACCAAACUUUUCAUCUGCAGUUUCGGGAGCGAGGAUGAACGACAUCGAUGACCACUUUCCAGCUUGCGCGGUGGGCUGCUGUGUUGGAUGGGGCAUCUUCGGAGGGUUUGUUGCAUUUGUUUUGUUCCUAUUGUUUGGAGUUUUCGCUCUCGUGCCCGCCGGACCCUUUGAAGAACGGGAGAUCACUCUGGGCAUCGUGCUGGUCGUUCUGGGAUCAACGGGAGCAGCGAGCAUCGGCGGAUACAUCGCCGUGGGCAUCCCCUGUUUCGGAUGCGGGUUCUGCAUCGACAAGGCAUUGGAGUCGCCUUGCGUCUGAUGGCCGACUCUGAUGACGAGAUGACUGAACCUCCUGUUCCUGGCCGACUUUACGUCAUGACAAGGCACGCAGAACAGGCCGAGCAGCAACAUUCUAGAACGUGAACGUUUGAAGGAGGCCCGAGAAGACGAGAGACGCUGCAGAAGAGGAUUCCUGAUUAUCUCUCGACUCUAGAAGAAUCCUUCCGUUCUGUUCCUGCGGUGAAAACAUCAGUGCUCGGUUCCACGGAUCGAGCUCUUCGCGUCCAGAUCAUAAUGAACGAUGUUUCUCGAAAUUUGUGUUACACAUUUUCGAGUCGUUCGAAAUAUCGUUCGAAGCUGUGGCUCGCACGGUGUUUCUGGAAAUCUCUGAAAAGGAAGUCUGUAGGCAGGCGACUGAUCUUUGGAUGAAGGAAACCAAUUCGCAGAACUUCCAAGAGUCACGAGAGAAAGUUCUUUCAUAGCAUUUUGGUUUAGGGUGGACUUCGAGGAAUGAUAAGUUCUCAGAGAUCUUUUGUGCAACUCUCGCCGAGGACGAUGAUGAGGAACACAAUUUAGUCGACCUUAGCAGAAGACUACCGCAAGCAGCCUCGGCCUGUCAGUUGCAUUUUUAGUUGAGUCAGUGGUCCGAUGAGCUCCAAUCUUAUCUUCUGGAGCCAAUAAAGUCCGAUGUACAAAGUGUCCAGGUGCCCCAGU